AUGAUUUUUAAACGUGCAGUAUCUACAUUGAUUCCUCCAAAAGUGGUGUCUUCCAAGAACAUAGGUUCAGCACCAAAUGCUAAGCGCAUUGCCAAUGUUGUUCACUUUUACAAGUCUUUACCUCAAGGGCCAGCACCAGCCGUUAAGGCUAACACCAGAUUGGGUAGAUACAAGACCAAGUAUUUUGAUGGGGAUAACGCCAGCGGUAAGCCGUUGUGGCACUUUGCUCUAGGUAUUAUUGCCUUCGGUUAUUCCAUGGAGUAUUACUUUCAUUUGAGACAUCAUAAAGGUGCGGAAGAGCAUUGA